AUGCGGAGACCUGAAGUGGGCAUGCCACAGCUGGAGAGGGCAGCCUCAGUCCCUGAAGUUCAAGGAAAAAACAAGCCAUUGAUCACUUAUGUGGGGGAUUCUGUUGUCUUGGUGUGUAAAUGCCAACACUGUGCUCCUUUAAAUUGGACCUGGUACAGUGGUAAUAGGAGUGUACAGGUUCCUCUUGAUGUUCACAUGAAUGAUAAGUAUGUGAUCAAUGGAACAAACGCUAAUGAAACAAGGCUCAAGAUAAUGCAGCUUUCAGAAGACGAUAAAGGAUCUUACUGGUGCCAUGCAAUGUUCCAGUUGGGCGAGAGCCAAGAAAGUGUUGAACUUGUUGUGAUAAGUUAUUUGGUGCCCCUCAAACCAUUUCUUGGAAUAGUUGUUGAAGUUAUUCUUUUAGUGGCUAUUAUUCUGUUUUGUGAAAUGCACACCCAAAAGAAAAAGAUGCACACGGAUGAUGGGAAAGAAUUUGAACAAGUUGAACAGUUGAAAUCAGAUGAUAGCAACGGCAUAGAAAAUAAUGCCCCUAGGCACAGAAAAAAUGAAGCUAUGAGCCAGUGAAAGCAAAACAUCGUGUCAAGAGAAAUGGGAAGAUGCAUAGUUUCUACUUCAGCUUUGUUUAUGUUUCCUGUGAAGAAUAUCUGAGUUUUUAUUUUUACAAGGAUGAAAAGUUUAUGCGAUAUGCUCAGCAGUAGUUUUGCAAUAAUACAUGCUAUCUCAGAUCCAAAGAUAUAUUUUCCUUCUGUGAUUAUUUUACAUUAAAGCAAGGUAAAUCGUAUUAAAUAUGUUCUAUGAGCUAUAACCCAGGAUAACUAAUUUCAUCUUGGUCAUCAAGGGAUGCACAGAAGAGAUACCAGCAAAACCAGUUAGUACUACAUGAACUAAUGUCAUUCAAGACCUGUGUAUAACCAAAGAAUUCAUUAAAGAGAAAACUUUUGCCA